AUGUCUUCGUGCUUUGGAUCCAGAAAGACCUCGAGAAAUAGCGACACUGAGCCACUCCUCCCGCAGUAUGCAGACGACACGUCCCUCCAACGCGCAGCUCACCAGAAGAUGCACUCCUACCAGAUGCUACGAGCGCUGUCCAAAGGUUUUAUGCCGUCCACAGAGCAAGUAAUCAUCAACCUCAGAACCCUCUUAGCCUCUGAUGUCUUAAACCCCGAGACGCCAGGCUUAAGUGAGAGCGGACGGAAACUUGUCAAGUAUAUGAAACAAUGGGUCGCGCAGUUUAUCGAGCUGGUGAAGAACAAGAAUGAUGGAGAUCAAAUUCAAGAUUUCAUCUGGUAUAUAAUCCAUGCAAGACUUCAAAUCGAUACUGGUGAUCUUGUCAAGACCGCCACAUCCACGAGAUCAAAGGCGGAUGCUUCAGCUGCCUACGAGAGCAUCAGAACAGUCGGCAGUCUGCUUUUGACGAAUUCUGAUUUCCGUAUGUUUUUGUCUGAUCUGAAUACUAUUGGACGACAAGUCUUUGCAGACACCGCCAACACCAUCUCCAACGUUGCAGAAGAUGCAGCCAAGAAGAUCGAGCCAUCUGCAGAAGACAGUGAAACUGUCAAAAAUCCGGGAAGCGAGCAAGGCCCACCACCUACGAACGAGGAUCUGACGGCCGAUGCAACAGAAAUUGCGGACGUAGUCGCGAAUGGCGUCAAGAAGACUGGAAGGGAAGCAGGCGCUAGUUUGAAGGAGAAUGUUACCGGAGACCAAAAAGACACAUUGACCUACCGCCUGAAAGCGGCCGUAACGAAGCUCCGCAAGAGGAACGAUUAUUCGGAUUCUGUCUCUACCAUUGGACUUCUGAUUCAGAGAUAUGCGAAAGUAUACUCACGUGCUGUGGAUAACACCAUCAGCACUGUUCAAGACGAUGUGGACACGAAUGAAGCACUUGACCGUUCAAUAAAAAACGGAUGGUCACUGCUCAGCUCCUUCGGAGACAAAAAGGAAUGGGAAGAGCUCGAGACACGCUUCAACAAGGUCAUGGAGCACUCUCAAAAGGACCCUGAAUUCGAAUCCAUGAUGAACGAAGUAGCAUCUUCCAUCCAAAAGAUGCUCACCGAUCCUGAUUUCUUCGAAGCUGCUGAGAACAAGCUUGAAGAAAUCAAAGAAAAGUCCAAGGAAGUAGGCACCGAAUCUCCUCUCCGCAAAGAUAUCGAUGCCCUCAUCGCCCAAACUCGCAAAACCCUAGACUCAGUCUUAAAUGACACCGACGUCUCCAAGCUUGUCCAAACUUCCCUUCAAAUCUGGAACAUCCUCAACCCCACCAACACCGAGUCAAACACCGAGCUCUUCACUGACACCUACACCGUCUUCAUCCCGCUCCUCAUCUCAGCAAUCCAACACAUUCCAAUCCCCCGCCUCGAAGUGGCAGUCCCCGAAAUCGACCUUCUGCUCGAGAAUCUGAUCCUCGAGCCCGGACGAACUAUAAACAACACUUCCUUUCUCCCCUUCAGACUCAAGGUAGAAACAUACAACGACCUAACAAUCCACAAACGCCGCUUCCGCACCGUCUCCACCGUCGCCUCCCUCGUUACAGUCAAAGUCCAAGGCCUGUCAAUCCGCGCCGAUGAGGUGGGAUUCUGGCUCCGAGCCCAUAAAGGCCUGUUGCGUUUUGUAGAUGAAGGAAUUGCAUCUUUCGAACUCGAUGAUAGGGGUAUUGAUAUUGAAAUGGAUAUCGAAGUAGGAAAAGAGAGAUUGGAGAAAGUCUUGACUCUGCGGAACGUGAGAGUCAAGAUUCAUCAUCUGAGUUAUAAGCUUAGGAAAAGCAAAUUCGCAUUUCUGGGCUGGUUAUUGAAACCGCUUUUGCGCCCUAUUCUGCGCAAAGUGCUUGAGCGCCAAUUAGCUACUGCUAUUGGCAAUUUCUUCCAUGCCGCGAAUCGCGAGUUAGUAUUUGCACGAGAGAGGCUGCGCGCUACGAGAAUCUCUGAUCCGAUUGAUCUGAGGACGUUUGUCAAAGCGGUUAUGACAAGAUUAACGCCGGAGGAAGAUCCCGAUCUGUACUCUGCCGUGGGAGUCCGAGGAGGUGCGGACACGAGGGGAAACAUAUUUGCGGGGAAGUAUGCGCCAGGCAGUGUGGUUAAAUUGUGGGACGAGGAAGCGAGGAGAGCUGGGGAGGUCGUAGAUGAUAAUGCGAGUGCUCAGGGAUGGAGGAAUGAGAUUUUUGAUGUGCAGAGUAGGGCUAUGCAGCAGUAA